GCAUGGAUAUAUAAUAUGAAUCGAGGUGCAGCCGCACACGCCAUCUUCCCUUCUUGUAUGUCCCGUAUGUUUGUUCGAUUUCGCAGUUAAUAAAUCGUCUUCUUCUUCGCUCGUCAUCCGAUUAUUCGCAAGACACAUACAUACUCGCGUGGUUUGACCUAGCGUUUCAAAUCAGGAGCAGUCUUGUUGCAGCUACGCGUUAUGAACACGACACCGUCACAGCAAGCAGUACCAGAGACACGGCGCCCAUGAGACAAUAGGAAAAAAAACACGAGAGGCCAUCCUCAGGAAGAAAAGUAAAAUAAAACGAAAAGCAACCGCACUCAUCUUUGUCCUCUUGUCACUUUUCGUCUGCCAACAUUCUCACCACCACCACCAUGAAGAGGCAGCAACAGCACCAGCACGACGCAGCUGCGGCUCCAGCAAGCCAAGCGGCCCUAGACACCGCCUUUUUCACCUACAAGCCACUAUCGAAUCUCCCCACCCCGCCCCCGAGCUACAGGGGCUCCAGUGGAGUGGCAUCGCCCCUGUGCAACACCGCCUGGGAUGUUGGUCCAGAGCUCUUAUCAGACCACUAUCGAGGUUCCGCCAUCCACCUCGUCAACCUCAUCCCUUCAGCUGCAUCCCUCGCCGAUGCUUCCGUUUCCCUCGUCCAGGCCAUCCUGGCACGUGCAAAUCUCCCGCUAGAGACAAUUGCCCUUGCGGUUUGCAUCCUCGAUAGCCUCAACUCUCGCUUUGCCCGGAAAUGGCGUCUCUCGUGCCCCCUUGUGCCCGCCUCACCGGCUGUUCCUAGCGACUCCUCCUUUGCUACUUCGUCAUCCUCGUCAUCCAAGCGCCACAGUCUCCCGCAGUCGUCUAAGGCGGCUGCAAGAAAGCUUGAGAAGCGCAACAAGCAGCCGCAACUGCACAUUGACUCGGUCAAUCCCGAAAUCAUUGUUCUCGCCGCCCUCGUUAUCGCCGUCAAGUUCACCGAAGACCCCGAACAGGCUUCCCAGUUCUACUGCGACGACUGGGGCCAAGGGCUCUGGUCCAGCAGCCAGCUUAACACCACCGAGCGAUGUGUCAUAGAGAAUCUUAACUAUCGCAUCAUGCCGCUGUGCGACGAGGAGUUGAUUGCCGACGCCAUGGCUGACAUGCAGCUGGCCGGCGCCCAUGCCACGCCAUACCACCUCCACGAGCCAACUCCUCCAGACAGCGAUGGCGAAGAACAAAGCAAUGACGGCUAUGUCUUGGGCCACUCCCGCUCAAAGACUAUGGCCCCGAUAACCAGCAGAUAUGACGAUCUGGGUCUUGGCCUGGGUGCUGGCUGGGCCAUGUAG